UGCAUAAAGAGGGAGCCCCGCGCUUCAGCCGGGGAGGCAAGCAGCGAGCAGACGGAGCCGCUCUGAGCUCUGCUGUUUUUCCUAGAAACGGAUCCGUGCACCUAGAAAAUAACAGGAAGGGAGAGAAAAAAAACACACGAAGAUCCUGUUGUUUUCGGUCGCUGCCCGAGGAAUAAUUUGGAGGAGAAGGAUCCAUAUUUCUGCUGCUGCCAAGGCUGCGGCGCCGGGGAUGGAGCGCGGGGCGCGGGCCGUGUAGCGGGCUCGCCCAGGGGCUGCCGUUCGGCCAGGCUCGCUCCGCCCGCAGCAGGAUUCCGGCCUCGGCCCGGGCGCUGCCCCGGCGGCAGCGGGAUCCCAGCAAUUGGGGGCCGGUGGGGCUGAAUCCAAGGCCUCCCCCUCCCCCGCUACACACACGCCCCCCACCUCUGCCGCCGCCGCCGCCGCCGGGGACAGAGGCUGGUGCCUGGGGCCCGGCCCUGCUGCGGCUGCCGCUGCCUGCGCUGGGCGGAUCGCAGCCCGCGAGGGGCGGCUGGGUGCAGGGGGCGCGGGGCCGGCGGAGGAGGGAAGCUCCCGAUGGCGCGUCCGAGGCCCCGCGAGUACAAGGCUGGAGACCUGGUGUUCGCCAAGAUGAAAGGCUACCCGCACUGGCCGGCCAGGAUUGAUGAACUCCCUGAGGGAGCUGUGAAGCCUCCAGCAAAUAAGUACCCUAUCUUCUUUUUUGGGACUCAUGAAACUGCAUUCCUGGGGCCCAAAGACCUCUUCCCAUAUAAAGAAUAUAAAGAUAAGUUUGGGAAGUCAAACAAACGAAAAGGAUUUAACGAAGGACUGUGGGAAAUAGAAAACAACCCUGGAGUCAAGUUUACUGGAUACCAGGCAAUCCAGCAACAGAGCUCAUCAGAAACUGAGGGAGAAGGAGGAAAUACGGCUGAUGCAAGCAGCGAGGAGGAAGGUGAUCGGGUAGAAGAGGAUGGAAAAGGCAAAAGAAAGAAUGAAAAAGCAGGCUCAAAACGAAAAAAAUCCUACUCUUCGAAGAAAUCCUCCAAGCAGUCACGGAAAUCUCCCGGAGAUGAAGAUGAUAAGGACUGCAAAGAGGAAGAAAAUAAGAGCAGCUCUGAUGCGGGAGACGCAGGCAAUGACACAAGAAACACUUCUUCAGAUUUGCAGAAAACCAGUGAAGGGACUUAACCAACAUAAUGACUGCUGCACAUGAAGGGAAAACACAAGAAGGUUAUGUGUUUGGUUGUCUAAUAUUCUUGGAUUUGAUAUGAGUCAGCACAUCUAUUCAUUGGUAUCAUCAACAGCAUCCCAGUUUGUAUGCACAUUAUUCACAUUCCUAUCUGUUGUGUUUGCAGAAAUGACAUUUUACUUUUUUUCUAAGGGAUAUCUUUUGAUUUUCAUAUUAUUUGGUUGCAUGGAGUUGCCCUUUUCCAGUGACUGAGGUUUAUGGAGACGUUGCAGAGUUGUACAUGUGGUAGAAGCCUUUUCUAAAGAGAAAAGGCAGAAACUCCAAAUUAAAUAGUUCAAAAUCUGCAUUUUUGUAAAACAAGCAAACCUUAGGAAUUAGUCCCCUACGUACAAGACCACAAGAAUCUAUUCCACCUACAAACAACUUUAAAUUACACUGUAUCCACCUUUUCUUGUUUUUUUGAUCCGUUUACAAAAUGAAAGAAAAAUUCUUCUUCAGCUGAGAUCAUUGCAAAGGUCAAUACUGAAAUAAAAUAUCUUUCCUUAUUAGAAGUACCUAGCUAGUUAUACUCGUUAAUAUUUCUCAAAAUCACGAUGUAAUGUACACUAUCUGGCUUAGUACCUAUAUGUGGAGUUAGUGAAAGUCUUUUUGUGUUUCUUUAGAUUAAUACAAGGAUUUUUUCCAAUGCCAACACAAUUUAAGCUCGUUCAUUUGGAUGCUUUCCAUUUCUAAGCUUAUUGUGAUACAGAAACCCUAUGAAACCAAACCAAAACAUCAAAUUUUCAGUAUUGAAAGGCUUAAAAAAAGGAUCCUGUCAUUCUUCUGUUUUUGGUUUUUGUUUUUAUGUUUUUAAUUUUGGAAAUAGACCUAGACUAGGAAGUAAGCAUUCCAAAACCAUUAUUCUGUGUACAUUAUUGUUGCUAUUGUGAUAAUAGAGAAUUUUAUUUAUUUUUAUGCCAGCUUUUAUUGUGAAAACAUAUUUAGUCUGGUUUUAUCAAUCCUUGUUAUGCUUGUCCUUGGAACAUCUUUUGCGUAUUCAAGGUUUGUAGUUGACAAGUUUACUGUAAAAAACAAAACAAAAAAACAAACAAAAAAACAAAAACAAAAAAUGUAUUGUUUUUACAGAAUAAAUUUAUUGGAAUGUGUAUUGGGAGUAAGGUUUGAGGUUGUAAGCAACUAAGUUAGCGUCAUAUUUGGCUUCAUACGUGUAAUAAUGUGAGGUAUUAAUGUAACUCAAGUAUUAAAGCAAAACAUUCUGUUAACACUGAGUUGACAAUAAUAGAUACAAGUCCAGGUGAGAAUUUUUUUUUCUGUACAGUGCUUUUUUUUUCUGGAUAACAGGAGGUCAUUAAAUUCACCUUGACCAUA